AUGGCCGCAGUGCAGGUCGUCGCGACUGUCGCAAUCUCCGAUCCCCGGGUCGCGAUAUCGUCGCCCAUUGUGCAACCGCGUCGGAUAUCCCGUUCACUCGCAGCUUUCAAUCCUUCCUUAAGACUCCUCUCCUCGAAUUUGUCGCAUGCACACCGUCCCUCGCGACGCGACCGCACCUCACGCCAGCAUGCCGUCGUCGCUAGCCGUUCCGUGCCGUUGCGCGCCGAGCCUCGCGCCGGCCACCCAACAGUCCAAUCAUCGUCUUCCCCCAACGCGCAGAAAUCCGUGCGCGCGUCGGCAGUUGCGGCGCCGAAAGCAGGAGUGCAGUCGUCGACCUCCGCCGCGGCAGAUGCGCGAUCGGCGGCGGUUGGCGGAAGUGGCGCGGGGCGAGCAGCGGAAGCGGAAACGUCGGCGGUGGUGCUGCUGGACGUGCGCGAGAUGAUGUGCGGGGGAUGCGCCGCCGCCGUGCGCCAAGUGCUGUCGGAGCAUCCGCGCGUGAUUAGCGCGGGCGUCAAUCUCGUCACCGAAUCCGCCGCUGUUACCGUCUCCCUCCGCGCGCCUGAGGCUUCCGCUUCCCCUUCCGCCUCCGCUUCCGCCGCUCCUUCCGCCACCGCUUCUUUCCCCCCCGCUAUUGCGAAGGCGGGCGACGAGGCGGCGGAGCUUGAGGCGCUGCGCGCGGAGCUGGCGGAGCUGGUGGAAGACGCGGGGUUCCCCUGCUCCGUGCGGCGCGCGGGGGAGGCGGACGAAGAAGGUAGGGACGGACGAAGUAGCGUCUCCCUCUCUCCCUUCGCUUGUCCACCUCCCUCGUCCCUUCUCCAUCGUCUCCCAUCGCUCUCUCCCCCCCAACCCCCCGCCACAUCCCCCACCAGCGGAGGCGCGGCGGAGGGAGGCGGCGGAGCGGAGGCAGCGCGCAGUGGCGCGUGCGCGCGUGGACGUGCACCCGCAUUCCACGCUUCUCCUCCAUCCGCCCCCUCGUGUUUAGGCACCCCCUCCCCCACACACCCCGCCACAUCCCCCACCAGCGGAGGCACGGCGCAGGGAGGCGGCGGAGCGGAGGCAGCGCGCAGUGGCGCGCGCGCGCGUGGACGCCCAUGGAUGGCGGUGCUGGACGACGUGAGAGCACGCUCUGCCAUCGCUGCCGUCGCUCUGCUGUUGAGGCGCCUCAACAUAGCACUCCUUAUAUGCACAUCCCUCUACCUAUGUGUCUGCCCCAUCUCUCCCCUGCCAGGCCCAUGGAUGGCAGUGCUUGACAACAUGAGAGCACGGUCGGCCAUCGCUGCCGUGACGCUGCUGCUGUUGAAGCACAUUCCUCAAGCCCGCAUUCCCCUGUCUGCAUGCCUCCGUUCUCCCCCACUGCCACUCGUCUGUUCCCCCUCUUCCACGCCAGGCCCAUGGAUGGCGGUGCUGGACGAUGUGAGGGCACGCUCCGCCAUUGCUGCCGUCGCUCUGCUGGGGCCCGCCAGAGACCUGCUUGUGGACGGCAUGAAAGCGCUGCUGCGUGGGUCACCCAACAUGAACUCCCUCGUGGGGCUCGCCUCCCUCGCUGCCUUCUUCAUUGGGGUGGCGGCACAGCUGUACCCGGACCUGGGCCUCGACUCCUCCUUCACUGAUGAGCCUGUGAGUGGCCAUGGCACGUGCACAGGCGUGAUGCUGCUGGCGGUGGUGCUGCUGGGUCGGUCCCUAGAGGCCUCUGCCAGGGCGCAAGCCUCCUCCGACCUCAAUGCCCUCAUGUCGCUACUGCCCUCCACGGCUCGACUGCUAGUGCAAGACGACAGUACUGGGGGCAGUGAGCAGGGGGGAGGGGGGGAAGCAGGCGGGAGCACAAAUGGACUGCUGGCCUCUCUGAGUGCCUCUGGAGUGGGGAGUGGGGGUUUGAGUGAGGGGGCAGGAGGGGGGGUGGAGAGUGGGAGUGAGGAGGAGGGAGGGGAGGGGCUGGCGCUGAGCAUGGCGGCGUGGGUGCAGGUGCCGGCCAAUCACGUGCGCCCGGGAGAUCGGGUGCUGGUGCUGCCUGGUGACGUCAUCCCUGUGGACGGCGUGGUGGAGAGUGGGCGCAGUGCAGUGGACGAGUCAUUGCAGACAGGAGAGGCGGCCACAGUGCCCAAGCGUAGAGGAGCUACUGUUGCUGCUGGCACCGUCAACUGGGAGGGCCCUAUAGUGGUGUCAGCAACAGCAACAGGAGCAAGCUGUGCCGUGUGUGAGAUGGCACGGCGGGUGGAGGAUGCACAGCAGCGCACGGCACCGGUGCAGCGCCUAGCAGACGCCAUUGCAGGGCCGUUCGUGUUCACCAUCAUGAGCCUCUCCGCUGCCACCUUUGCGUUUUGGUACACGGUGGGGGUGCAUCUAUAUCCAGCCGUGCUGCUCUCAGACUUUGCAGGCGACGACUCGGAUCCUCUCGUGCUCAGCCUCCGCCUCGCCAUCAGCGUGCUGGUGGUCGCCUGCCCGUGUGCGCUCGGCCUCGCCACGCCCACCGCCAUCCUCGUUGGCACGUCCCUGGGUGCGAGGAGGGGGCUGCUGCUGCGCGGGGGAGACGUGUUGGAGAGGCUGGCAGCGGUGGAUGUGGUGGCGUUUGACAAGACCGGCACGCUGACAGCAGGACAGCCCCAGGUGUCUGCUGUGGUGCCUGCAGCCCACCUGCCGCCCACCACUCUCCACCACUCACAAUCCCACUCCACCUCCCUCAACCGAGACCCAGCCACAGCAUCAAGCCGCAGACACACCACCACCACUGCUACUGCCGUUGCUACUGAUUCAGAUACUGCCACUGAUACUGCAACUGUGUCUCUCCUGCAACUGGCAGCAGCAGCAGAGGCCACCACUCGCCACCCAGUAGCCGCCGCCAUCACCGCCCAUGCCGCCCGCCUCUCCGCCGCCCCGCUGCCGCCCGUUUCGUCUGCUCUCACUGUUCCCGGGCGGGGCGUGGUGGCUGUAGUGGACGGGAGGGAGAUUCACGUGGGAGGCUUUGAUUGGGUGGUGAAGCACUGCUUGGGGGGGACAAGGGAGAGGGAGGGGCGGGGAGGGAGCGGGAAAGGGAGUGAGGUGGAAGGGGAGAGGGAGAAAUGGCGGAGAGUGGAAGAGGGGGUGUUGAGAGGGGAGUGUGGGGGCGUGGGAGGGAGUGUGGAGGGAGGGGAUUGGGGCAGCAGGGAUAGCAGCAGCAGCCACACGUUUGUGUAUGUUGGUGAAGUGAGGAGCGAGGAGGAGAGGAGUGAGGGGGACACGGGCGAGGGAGGAGAGGGGGAGAGGAGGGGGGCGGCGGAGGAGGGAAAGAGUGUGGGCGGCAUUCUGGGAUGCAUCUGUGUGAGCGACUCACUGCGCGCCGAGGCAGAGGAGACCGUGAGCCGGCUGGAAUCGCUGGGAGUGUCAGCAGCAGUGCUGUUGGGCGAUCGCCAGGCCGCAGUGACGCGCGUGGCAGAGUCAAAAAGCUCUGUCUCCACCUUCAACAGGCUGGAAUCGCUGGGAGUGUCAGCGUCGGUGCUGUCGGGCGACAGGCAGGCUGCAGUGACGCGCGUGGCCGAGGCCGUUGGCAUCGCUGGCCCCGGGAAGGUUCUUGGAAGGCUGCUGCCGGAGGGCAAGGCGGAGGCGAUUGAGAGCAUGCAACGGGACGGUCACAGCGUGGCGAUGGUGGGAGACGGCAUUAACGACACCCUCGCCCUGGCCCGUGCAGACGUGGGAGUGGCAGUGCCUCCCCCGGGUGCCACCUCCGCUGUCAUGAGUGCUGCUGCCGAUGCCGCUGACCUCGUGCUGCUCGGCAACCGACUCACACAGCUAGUGGAGGCGGUGCAUCUAGCGCGGGCCACAAUGAACCGAGUGCGUCUCAACCUCGCAUGGGCCCUCGCAUACAACUGCCUCGCCGUGCCCCUGGCCGCUGGGGCCUUCCUCCCGGCUUACGACAUCGCCCUCACACCCACGCUUGCUGGUACGACUGUCAUGCUCACCAGCUGA